CUACGAAACGAAAGAGAAGCUAAAGAGAGAAGGAAGGAAGACGCUGCCUUCAUCGUCCCUCGUGCAUCCAAUAGACCGCCACCGACACCUCUCUCUCUCUCUCUGUCUUUCUCUCAAUUACCCCGUGGCCCUGUGAGCCGACAAUGGGCUCCCUCGCUCCUUCCGACCUUCCCAACGGCAAUGGGAAGGCCUCGCAAAUGGAGAAGGAAGGGGCUGCCGCUGACGCCCUCACUCUCAGCCUCCGCGAUCUUUUCCAGACCCAGAAGCGCUAUCUCGAUUACUUCUUCCAGAACCUCGACCUCUCUCAGACCCACCUCUUCACCCGCACCCUCCUCGAUGCCAAAGGUACCAUCUUCUUCACCGGCGUCGGCAAAUCUGGCUUCGUUGCCCAGAAGAUCUCCCAGACCCUCGUCUCCCUCGGCAUCCGCUCCGGCUUCCUCUCCCCAACCGAUGCUCUCCAUGGUGACAUCGGCAUCCUUGGCUCCGACGACCUACUGGUGCUUUUCAGCAAGAGCGGCAAUACCGACGAGCUGCUACGGUUGAUCCCUUGUGCCAGGGCCAGGGGAGCCUUCCUCGUGGCCGUCACCUCCUCAAAGACCAGCCUCCUCUCCGGCGCCUGCGAUCUCAGCGUCUACCUCCCACUGGAGAGGGAGCUCUGCCCUUUCGACCUGGCUCCGGUCACUUCUACGGCAAUCCAGAUGGUGUUCGGCGACACGGUGGCUAUCGCGCUUAUGAGCGCUAGAAACCUCACGAAGGAGGAGUAUGCGGCCAACCACCCGGCGGGACGGAUCGGGAAGAGUCUCAUCUUUAAGGUUAAAGAUCUGAUGAAGAAACAAGAGGAGCUUCCCAUCUGUCAAGAAGGCGGCUUGAUCAUGGAUCAGCUUGUUGAGCUUACGAGCAAAGGUUGUGGGUGUUUGCUUGUUAUCGAUAAGGAGUAUCAUUUGAUUGGAACAUUCACUGACGGUGACCUGCGUCGGACUCUAAAAUCUAAUGGUGAAGCAAUCUUCAAACUCCGUGUAGGAGAUGUCUGUAACAGGAACCCAAGAACAAUAGGUCCAGAAGCUAUGGCAGUUGAUGCGAUGAAGAAGAUGGAAUCCCCACCUUCACCGGUGCAAUUUUUGCCGGUUCUGAAUGAUCAGAAUGUAGUGAUCGGAAUAGUGACCUUGCAUGGCCUGGUGUCCGCAGGGCUUUGAAGUUUUUGUUAUAUUUGUUUCUUUCAUUUAUAUUCAUGUGUUCUUAUUUGUUGUAUUAUUGUUAGCUCCAUGUCAUCCAAGGGAGAAAAAUAAAUGUCAUCAUGUUCAAACUGCUAAAUGUGUUUAUAUCAGAGCAAUAAUAGGAUUCAUUCGAUAA